UAGAAGGACGGGGAGGAGCAGUGGAGGCAGAACACGGAGAGAGACACCAGGACUCCAGCAACGGCAAAGGGUCCCUCUCCUCCCCCACACUUACAGUAACAAUAAUACCGAGCUGUCACAUUAUUUUCCCCUCAACUGUUUAAUUUCUGAUACACCGGAGUAGUCACCGGUGAAGGGGGAGCUAAAAAAGAGCAGUUGAUUUAACCAUAUGUUGUAAUGUCACAGCCCUGGAGCUGAGUCAGGGAAAUAAAUACCUUACGUAUAUAACAACAGAAGCGAAAUAGUCCCUCAAUUAGUGCGAUAGAGACUCCCAUGUACAGUAAAGCAGUAGCUGUCACUGAAAUGCUGGUUUCAUGAGUGCUGAGAGGAGGAAGAGGGUUUACACAGCACAAGCAGCAGUAAGAGAAGAUCUAAUCGUACCCCAGCAUUCUGAUUGCAACACAUUAAUAGGAAGAAGGACAGCCUGGGAAAAAAAGAGCUUCUUUAUAACAGAAAAUCCUCCAUGAUCUCUGUACACUUAAUGGAUUGAAGCUGGGGUAGAAGAGCAACACAUACAGACACAACCCAGUUUCUGCAAACCAAAGAAUAUUUGGUAUAUUCCUCAUAUAACUUACUCCCCCCUUGCAGAAUGAGGCACAAUCCUCUCUAGUAAAUGUCUGAAGAAGAUUAUCAUUAUAAAUGCUUUUUUUCCAGAGGAGAAUUAUAAUCUUUAUAUUUGAAAGAUAAGUGUUCUCACGAUUAUUGAAACGUCUAUUCUUUUAACAAAAUUUGGCUUCAACCAGAAAUUUUAUUUUAUCUCCUGCAAAUUUGUUAUAAAUGGGGGAUUACGGGUUUGGAGUGCUGGUUCAAAAUAACACUGGGAAUAAAUCGGCUUUUCCAGUCAGAUUUCAUCCACAUCUGCAGCCUCCUCACCAUCAUCAAAAUGCAACUCCAAGCCCUGCUGCUUUUAUAAAUAACACAGCUGCUAAUGGCAGUAAUGCUGGGUCAGCUUGGCUUUUUCCUGCUGCAACUGCUCAUAACAUCCAGGAUGAGAUACUGGGCUCAGAAAAAUCCAAAUCUCAGCAACAACAGGAACAACAAGAGUCUUUAGAAAAACAGCAGCUUUCCCCUAACCAAAGUCAGGAAGCAGGGAUUCUAUCUGAUUCUGAAAAGGUCAAAUCUGAAGAAAAUCUAGGAGACAGCUCUUCAGAGAAUGGUAGCAGCAAAGAGAAAAUAAGAAUAGAAUCCCCUGUUCUGACAGGUUUUGAUUAUCAAGAAGCAUCAGGCCUGGGGUCCUCAAAUCAGACCCUGACAUCAUCUGCAUCCCCAUUAACUGGUUUCAGUAACUGGUCAGCUUCUAUUGCCCCUUCAUCUUCCACAAUUAUUAAUGAAGAUGCAAGUUUCUUUCACCAGGGAGGGGUUCCUGCUGCUUCAGCAAAUAAUGGUGCUCUGCUGUUCCAGAAUUUCCCUCACCAUGUGAGCCCUGGCUUUGGUGGUAGCUUUUCCCCUCAGAUUGGACCCCUGUCUCAGCAUCACCCACACCAUCCUCAUUUUCAGCACCACCAUAAUCAACACCAACAGCAAAGGAGAUCUCCUGCUAGUCCACACCCACCCCCAUUCACUCACAGAAAUGCUGCUUUUAACCAACUGCCCCAUUUGGCCAAUAACCUUAAUAAACCACCUUCUCCAUGGAGCAGCUACCAAAGCCCAUCACCAACACCAUCUUCCUCUUGGAGCCCUGGUGGUAGUGGAUAUGGAGGAUGGGGGGGCACUCAAGGUAGGGAUCACCGAAGAGGACUUAAUGGAGGAAUAACACCACUGAAUUCCAUCUCGCCAUUAAAGAAAAAUUUUGGAAAUAACCACAUUCAGUUGCAGAAGUAUGGCAGGCCUAAUUCAGCCUUUGCACCAAAAUCUUGGAUGGAUGACAGCUUAAACAGGGCUGACAACAUAUUUCCUUUUGCGGAUCGUGCAAGGACAUUCGACAUGCAUUCACUGGAAAGCUCACUGAUUGACAUAAUGAGAGCAGAAAACGAUUCACUAAAAGGUCAAUCCUCUCUCUUUCCAAUGGAAGAUGGUUUUCUGGAUGAUGGUCGAAGUGAUCAGACUCUGCAUAGUGGUUUGGGGUCGCCACACUGCUUUCCACACCAGAAUGGUGAACGCGUGGAACGAUAUUCCCGUAAAGUGUUUGUGGGGGGCCUGCCACCAGAUAUUGAUGAAGAUGAGAUCACUGCUAGUUUUCGUCGCUUUGGCCCUCUGAUUGUGGACUGGCCUCAUAAGGCAGAAAGCAAGUCCUAUUUUCCUCCUAAAGGUUAUGCCUUCUUGCUGUUCCAAGAUGAAAGUUCUGUGCAGGCUCUGAUUGAUGCAUGCAUUGAAGAGGAUGGCAAACUAUACCUUUGUGUGUCAAGUCCCACCAUCAAAGAUAAGCCUGUUCAAAUACGGCCCUGGAACCUUAGUGACAGUGACUUUGUUAUGGAUGGAUCCCAGCCCCUUGAUCCCAGGAAGACUAUUUUUGUUGGAGGAGUCCCACGGCCACUGCGAGCUGUGGAACUUGCAAUGAUCAUGGACCGUCUAUAUGGAGGCGUAUGCUACGCAGGUAUAGACACAGACCCUGAGCUAAAGUAUCCAAAAGGAGCAGGGCGGGUUGCUUUUUCCAAUCAACAGAGUUACAUAGCUGCUAUCAGUGCCCGCUUUGUUCAACUGCAGCAUGGAGAAAUAGAUAAACGGGUGGAAGUCAAGCCAUAUGUCUUGGAUGACCAGCUGUGUGAUGAGUGUCAGGGUGCUCGCUGCAGUGGCAAGUUUGCUCCAUUCUUCUGUGCUAACGUUACCUGUCUGCAGUAUUACUGUGAAUAUUGCUGGGCUGCUAUCCACUCACGUGCAGGCCGGGAGUUCCACAAGCCACUUGUGAAGGAGGGAGGAGAUCGCCCAAGGCAUAUUUCAUUCCGCUGGAAUUGAGCAAUCUGUUGCUUAGCUCAUCAUGCAAGCAUCCAAAUAAGUGCACUCUUCUGUUCUUAACCUUCCUCCCUGCUGCCAUUUUAAGCAACGCAUGUCCUCUUGUUGUAGUCUGUAUUUUAACAAUUGUAUAAUGAAAGAAUGACCUACACCAUAGGUAUUUUGUAGAGUAUUGUGUCAUUGAGAACUGUAUUGGAACACCUUUUAUGUUCAUAACAAUAUCACUCUAAUGCAUGCAAGUUUCAUGCUGUCCUCAUUGAAAACCAAGGGAGCAGGGAGACUGUGCAACAAUUAAUAUUAAUAUAUAUAUAUAUUUUUUUUUAUUUCAAAAAUAGUUUAAAGGUGAAAAAUAAGAGUAUUUUUUUUAAUUAAAUUAUUGUUAAAUAGAAAGUAACAUAAGAAUACUGUUAAUGUAACCAUGCAACAACCAUAACACUAUGGGUCUGUUUGACACAGCUUAUUUUUUACUGGGGGAGUUUUUUAUUUUCUAUUUAUUAUUUUUUCUUAUUUUUUAACAUAUAGUAGGAAAAGUUAGCAGUUGCCUAUUAAAGCAAAGUGUAUGAGCAAAGUUUAAAACCAUAUUGUAAAUUCCUUUAUACAAUCCUUUGGGAGAAGUUGAAGGCUCCAAAAAUGGCAGAUGCCUCCAAUACUUAGAAAUAUUUAUAUAUAUAUUUUUUUCAUGUUUGCUCACAUCUACAGAACUGGCUAAAUCUUUUAUAGCUCUGAAGUAUUUUAACAAUGAGCUAUUUGCAUUAAGCUUUUUAAGAAUGUAAAUGUUGAGUGAAGUUACUACUGAGGGGAGUGCACUUAUUUAUUUAUUUUUUCAGUGAAAAAAAAAAGUUUUUAAAAAAAUAUUAUAAGAGAAAACCACAGUCAGUCAUAGCCCCUACCCCCUCCAUCCUAACUCCUACCAAAGCUCAAUGAAAUAAGAUAAAUAAAAGGCAGGAAUUUAAUCUUUGAAAGAACAAAUGUAUAGAUUUUUUAUUUUUUGAUGCUUAAUAUAUAUCUAAAGUCCUAAUUUGCUUAUGUCAGGUGCCAGCUUUGUUCUCCAUUUUGGCACACAAAACUUGAAAGAUACCUCAAGUAUGGAGUUAUAGAUGUUUUACUUCAGUCUUGAGUUUUUCACUCUGGAAGAAGAGCCCAUUCUUAUGCUUAACCCCUUUGCUGCCUAAAUAUACGGUCACUCUGGAUAUCACAACAUUUACUUGUUAUAAUUGUUAUUUAUCAUAUUGUUUUAGGUUCCAGUGUAGGUGAAUGAGUUGAUAAAUGAUUCUUGUUUGCAAAGAACACACACACAGUCACACACACACUUUACAUGCCUGCUAUGUGUUGUAAAGUAGAGAUAACACUUAUCUGCAUUAAAAUAUGUCUGCUUGGUUAGACUCCCAAAAGGUCCUAGUGCUUAAACUAUGAUCUCUUGGCUGGAUAUAAUUGCACUUUACACAGCAAGUUGUAAUCACAAGCACAACGCUGCAGUAUAGUUGCUGCUUAUAAAAUAAAUAACUUUUUGGAAGUUGCAAUGUUUUGGCAGUAAAGGCAUCAAGCUGCUUUUACCCCAAAAUAACCUAUGUAUGCCUUAAAUGUUUCAGUGCUAGAAAGAUCACACACAAUGUUGCAGAGCAUUGUUUGUCCUAUUGGAGCAAAAUGAGAGAACACUUUCUAAUUAGAAUAUAUGGAUUCAUUAGUAAAUAUGUGUUACAUCCUUCGUAGAUAUACAUUUAUAGGUGUAAAAUAAUAAAAUCAUAAUUUAAUACAAUCCAAGCAAAAAGUAUGCUUGAUGGAGCAGAUUUGUCUCCCUAACUACAAAUGCUAAACUAUAGAAAUGGUUUUGUUAGGUUAAUUUCUUCUGCAUUUAAGAUAUCAUUAUUAAAUAAAAUGUUAUAGCUAUUUUUCUGUAUUUAUUAUAUAACCACCCAAUUUUGCAAUCAAUAAUUCAUGCACAAUGUUAUUUGAAACAGAGCUAUAUUACAUUUUUACAUAAUGUAUCCUUACACGCAUGAAGAUAAUUAUUGCAUGUGCAAAAUACAGAAGCAUUCUUGUUGUGAUGUUUUAAGAUCUUUAUAUACAUAAAUGUAAAUCUAAAUUGUUUUAGUUUGACUUUAUUUAAAUUUUCUUACUUAAAAAAGUUUGUAGUUCAUUGCAACAGUUUGACUACUAAAGAGUUAUGAUUUAUUAUAGCUGUAGGCAUAUAGUCCCUAUAACUGGAUAUGAAUGUUCCGAAAAUGGCACAUUUGAGUCUAAACAUUCUAUUUUAUUAUAAUAGAUAUUAAAACCAAAGACUUACUUCUCUGCUGCUUAUUGCUUGAAUUUAAGGCCCAUUUCUCCCAUCUAAUUCAAUUUUCUCCUUCCAGAUGGAAACUCAUUACAGAGGAGGACAUAAAAGUUGUCAUAAAUAAAGCUCAUGCUGUCCAUAUUUUUUUAGUCUUUGCAUUAUUGUUCAAUGCAUCUGUAAGUUUAGCACAACCAGAGUGUCCUGUUUAAAUAGGAUUUUUGCAACAUAGGGGUUAAUGGUACAAGAUAAAGUCCAAAAUGGAGACAUGCUGAAUGACUCUGUUGUGUAGAUAAGCAAGCUGCUCUUUAAAUCAACCCCUGAACUACAACAACAACAAAAAAUAUACAUUGGGUGCUCUUAUAUACAUCUGGUCAAAUAAUUCUCACAACUCCAGAAGGAUUGUUUUAGACUUCUUAUGCUUUGGGAGUGUUUGUAGGUGGCUUGGGGUGUGCUAGAGUGCCAGUCCUACCAGUAAACAGUGGCAAUGAAUUAACCUUUUCGCUGCCCAAAUAUGGGCACCAUAAUGUUCUGCAGUGAACUGCAGAUGUCUCUUCUAUAAUGGAGUAAACUACUUGGAGGCUGGAAAUGUCUCUGAAGCCUUCAACACUGCAGGGAAAAGGUUAACCCUCCAGAUAGAUAACACUGUUUGGAAGCUAGCUUUGAAGAAUAUUUUCUUUUUAUUUCCCUUUGUACAUGACCUGCUGAAUUUCGGUACAGUGUUUUUGUAGCUAACUUAUUUUUGUCAUGCACAUAUUGUACACUUGUUAUGCACUAAUUUUAUAUAUCUUAUGUUUCCAGCAGUGAGCAUUUAGGCCCACUUUUCACUGGCGGGAUAUCUCUUUAUGCAAUACCUCAAUUUUUCAUAUUGCAAAGAGUAGCUUUUUGUACUUUUAUUACGGAGAGAACUUCAUAUAACUUCAUUUUUUAAGAUAAAUAAUUUUAAUAAAUUUUUAUUUUCUUAUAUUCUGCUUUUUAUACAUUUCAGUGCUCUGCAUACAUUUUGAAUGAUGGAUGUUGUGCACUGGUAAUGCUACUUUAGAAUCUGCAGAGAAUCAAAAGCAUGUGGCUUCAGACAUCUUAGCCCACACCAAACGGUGUUUGUUUAUUUUAAUAAAUUUAUUAGAUGUAAUCUUGAGAUUUAAAAAAAAAAAACAGCAUGAACAUGACAAUUUAAUCUUGUCCUUUAGUCCCUUAAAUAAACAAAAAGUAGUAUAGAAACUUAAUAGUAAAGUAACAACAGAAAAUGUACUCAGCUUCAUGUUUCAUAUUUAAAAAAAAAUAAAACUAUACACGGUUGCAGAAUUUUUUGGUGAAUGUUUAGCCAUUUUAAAUAUUAAUAAAAUUAAUGUUAGGUGUUUUAAUGCAGAUAUAUGACUGCAGUUUAAAAAAAAGAUGAAUUCAUAAAUAACCAGGUUUUCUGGUUCCAGAUGUGUAAUGUUAGUAUGCAUGACUAAUAUAAGGGAAAAUAUUGUUAUUCUACUAAUAUUCACUUGUUGUUAUUGUGUGAAAAGCGUGUUUACAGAUGACUUGGUAACACUUUAAUUUACAGAGGAUAAAGUACCAUGGACUAACUCUGCAUUCAGGGUUGCAGUUACAUGGAUAUGUGGCUUUAUUAUUGUAUGCUAUUAGAUAAUCGAUUGCCUUUCAGGCCCAUGGUUGGCACCUCAGUGUGUUAGCUGGGGAAAAGCAUGUGAUAUAUAGCAUAAGUUCUUUGAAUCCCUACACAUGCCAAGAUAUUUUAUUUUUUCAUUUUAUUUUGUUUAAAAAACAAAACCUGCUUUCUGCUGAAUGGGCCUACAAGACAGUGAUGUGCUGGCACCUUAAGCAGAAAAAUGUGUUGAAGCAUCACAUCACAGGGAGUUAACAUAGUUAUUUUCUUCACUGUAGAACAAACUAUGUUACCGAUUUGUUAACAUAAUGAAACCCUCACUGCCUAAUGCUUUGGCCUAGUAUAUACUUCUCCAUACACAGACCUCUGCAUAAUGCAAGAUAAAAAAAAUGUUUGCAGUGAAUUACUAGCAUUUUAGAAAGAAUGCUGUUGGAAAGACUUGAUAAUCCCACCUUCUCUUUUAUUAUUUUGAAGAGAUAAGCCUUCUGUUAAAAGGUGAUUUAAAACUUGAAUGUGAUAAAUUGUGGCAAGUUGAACUUCAAGUUGUUAUGUGCAAUACUUAUUUCUGACUUUUGAAAGAUCUUUGCAGUGUAAUUCUUCAUUGUUUUUAAUUGCAGGCAUUUAAAAUAUGUCGUUUUCUACUGUUAUAGUAAUCCUCUUUCUUGCUGGUGUUUCUAAAGAAAAGAAUUAGAAAUCAAUCUUUCUACUAAUGUAAAACUGAGAUUAUUUUUUAAAAAAAUUAAUAAAAAGAGGUUUUGGUCAUUGGCGUUUUGUUACCUUUUUUAACCUUUGGUACACUGGAGGAGCCUGGGGUAUGUGUGAUUCAAGCUCCUCCAGCUAAACAAGGGUUAAAACUACUGUGAUUGAUUACAUUGUAAGAAUUGGGACUAUAUUGUAUUCAACUGUUUUAUUUUUUAUAUUUUUAAAUUUGAAAGCAUAAUUCGUUUUUAUAAUUUUCAUCAGAUUCCUUUGUUAUAUUUUUUUGGAAGUGAAACUAUUAACAAGUAAGUGUCUAGUUUUUACUAAACCCUAAUGUUAUCUUUUUUCAGUGUAUUGCUCAUUUAUCAGAAGGAAUUAAAAGUUAUUUAAGUAUGUCAGUUAAUUGUACCACUGGCUGAAUUUACACAUAGUUUUUACUGUGUAUGGGGAGGUUGUAGUAUUUAUUAUACCAUUUUAAAUAAAGGUAAUUCAUUUUUUAUUAAAAUCAUUUUCACGUUUAAGUUCAUAUUUUUGUAUGUUCUUCUCUAAUUAAGUUAUAUAACACAAGUUCCUUUUUUAAAGAGUUCAUUUGUUGAAGUGCUAGUGAAAAAUUAAUGUUAUUAAAUAGUUUGCAAAUGACUAUUUAUACAAGUAUGCAUAUAAUUUUUAAAUAUUUGUAAUGUGAGAUGUUGAAUGAAUAAAACUUUUAACUCUGAA